AUGUUUCCAAAUGCAAAAUUUGUUCCUCAAGAAGAAUACAAAUCAUGGAUUAAAAAGCAACCAAAUUAUAAAAAAAUUACUGCUGAACACAUUUUACUUACUGAAGAAAGGCCACAACAGCAAAAUAAACAAAAUAAACACUAUGAAAGUUUUGUAAUUGCAAACAAUUCUUCCAAUUAUUAUUAUAAAAAACAGAUGUAUUUUAUUAAUCGUCAUAGUAAUAAAAUUUUAUACAAAUUCAAAAUGAACAUAGAAAAAAUUAAAAAAAUUCGUAUUUUAAAUGAUGGAUUUCUAAAAUCAGUAAAGGGACGCAAAGAAUUUUCUAAAUUCAUGAUUAAAGAUUUAAAUUCCGAUUCACAAAUACUAUUAAUUCAUUCUAUACUGAAACAAACAAUGUUUCCAGGCACGUACGAACCAAUUCCUUACGCAGAGCAUAUAAUUAAUGAAGCUUCAAAAAUUGCUAAUCGGCUUGAAUCAUCAUAUAUUGCGAUACAUUGGAGGAUGGAAGGAGCAUUGCAGGAGAAUCUACCAAAUUGUGCCAGAAAAUUAGUUAAAAAAAUACAAGGAAUAAGAAAAAACACUGGAAUAAAAAAUGUUUAUUUGGCAACUGAUGUUCCCAUAACUUGCGAGAAGAAUGGUAGUUUAACUAUGAUUAUAGGAAAACCAAGGUUUUAA